AGUGGUCUGCUGUGGUUGCAGCAUAUCUGUGGCCAUCGAGAGGGCCAGCAUGACAAUGUGCAAUAACCACUGCGGUAUGUGCGCGUAUACAUAUAUUUAUUUGGUGCUUUAUUAGCUACUGUGGCCUUUGCACUCGAUUUUUUUCAUUUUUUUAUUUGUUUAUUCUUGUCAUUUUAAUCAUUAUACUGCUGCUCUUGUUUUUUUCUCUCCAUGUAUCUUGUGUGCACUGUGCACUUUGCUGCCGCUUUCCCGUUGUGGGACAAAUAAAGGAACAUCUCAUCUUAAAUGACACCACCAUGGUUUCACCACAUAGAGGUGCUGUGGGUUUACAAAUGUGUGUGAAUUGAGUAUUUGCGGUUGGAGCAAAGUGAAUUCAUGGGUUUAUAAUCUGACUGGUUCCUCUGAUCUGUAUACAAAUACAGUCACAAGUCAUUCAGAUAAUGAUGUGAAAAUGAAACAGUAAGUCUACGCUUCACUGCUUAUUUCCCUAAAUUAAAAUGAGCUCUGUUGUCUCAGCAAACUCUUAUUUAGUUUGUUAAGUUGCAUUACUGAUAUUCUUUAUAUUUUAUGGUGUUUCUCUGUGUUGUUUGAUCGUUUAUUCUCUCAUAGCUUAACGUUCUUUGAAUGUGUCCCAUUGCUGGCGUGUAUCACACUUGAUCCUGCAGUGAGUAAUAAGUUCGUUCUCUGUAUGACACUGUUCUGGCCCACUUCCCCCUCCCUCGACUGCACAGUUCUCUCAUCGAUCAGGAGAACACUCUUCCUCGUGUCUUGCAACGUCUGCGUCGCACUUUGCAGAGCGCCGAGGUGGCCGUGAACCCCCCACCCCCCGUGAAACUGCAGUAACCUGCCGAUGGGACGUGUGAGGAGAGGAGGAAUCGAUUCUGCGGAGGUAGGCUGUAACUCACACGCCACACGGCUCAACAUUCAUGGUCGACAAAGUGUCUUGUUGUCUUGUAUUAACCGUUGUGCGUUUCAUUCUGCAUUUGACCUUUUUGCACACAAUUAAAAAAUAAAUACAAGGAGGUAACAUGUGACAUGGUAUGGUGGCAUUACAUAUCGAUGUUAACACGGUAUGGUGUGAAGAGAUUUUACAAAAGUUCACCAAGUGGGUGAAUAGUGCAAUAAAAGUGCUUUUAUGCAGACGGAAGUCAAAUAAAUGUCACCUUAGAGAGCAGCUGACAUUUAGAGCCUCAUCUCAAACAUUAAGAUUCUGCUCCAAACACAAUCUGAAGUCUUAUGAGUAAACACUUCUCCUCAGAUACAAACUAAAGGUCAUUGACAGCACAGAAUCAGAUAAUAAACUCACAACAGCAAGAAUUCAGUCACCACAUCUUGCCAGUCAUUUGUAUCAAACUAAAGGCCGUCAUCCAUUUUCUGCUCUUUCUGCUUCUGUUUUCCAAACUCAAGCCACCUGACGCUUCCCUUUACCUACGACUAAUGAGCCGGAUGCACACCAUCCCCUCCACUCAAACUCUACUUCUGCAAACUGCAAAGAAACCUCCCCUUUGAUGACCUCCAGCGGGAGUCAAACAUUUAGGCUUUUGGGCCGCGCCGACUUGGGUUAAAACAAUGACUCGGCAGCAGCCCAACAAACUCUACAUGAGGCCAAACCACGGCAUGACAUUAAGUUGAACCUCACUAAAGGGGCAGUUUACUAUGAAAGGGCGUGUUUUUUUUUAGGGAACGUCCUCUCUGCGGCUUUGCAGCUCUGCGUCGUUUCGGUGUGACGGAAUGGCGUUUGGUACAAGACGUGAACGCGGCCCAGAAACAGGCGCCGGGCCAUUCAGAGCCGGUUGAAUUGUUAAAAGUCGUGAGUCGUGAGGGUCUCCACGGCAGCGCCGUGACUCAUUCAGCAAGGUCUGCACGGUGGAAACUACUGAAACACGUCAUUGAACAACCACUAUGACGGCAGACACACGUCAGUUUCCUGUUGACCUUCUUGGGGCUCUCCGGUUAUCUGUUGCACACUCAGAGGCGCAGUGUGGAUGUGGUGGGGAGGCACCACACAGACACAAUUCAAAGGGUCUGAAACCACAUCCUUGGCCACGCCACCGACGGCGAUGAUGAUGAUGAUGAUGAUGAUGGUGGCGGUGACGAUGACGCCCUCGCACUCACGAACCCGAAAUAAUGUUUUCCGCCAAACGCUCUCACACAGGCGCCAGUGCUCCACGGCGGCUCUGUUACCGCGGCGGCUGAUUGAGCGGCGGCUCUUUUUCGACCGAGACAAGCGGGUCGUCCCCAUGGCUGUCAGAGCGGGGCUCUUACUGCUGCUGUGGGACCUCGCGUCGUUUCCUCCGGGCGUCGCGUCUUCGUGCAACGUCACCUGCUCCACGGACUACGAGACGUCCCUCAACUGUUCCUGCUCCGACUCGACGUUUUCCGGCUUCAUCGCGGCCUCGUGCAGUUUGGAUGAAGUCACGGUCAACGGAAGCUGUGAAGUCAAACCACCUCAACCCUGGUGCGUGAUGUACCCGGAGCUGCUGGACGACGUCCUGGACGUUUUCACCACGUGUACCGCCACCGCCGGCCCACAGCGUGACCGGCGGCCGGCCGGCCUGCCCGGCGCGUGGUCACUGUGCGACGUGGUGAAACCGUCGCCUCCUGUCGAUGUUCGUGUGACAAACACCGGCCGGUGGCACAACAUCAGCUGGGACCACGGCGGGCGCCACUGCCUCACGUACGAGCUGCGCGUGAGGGAGGACAGAGGCCCGUCCAAGAAUCCACUUCGCGUGAACGAGAAGAACUUUCUGCUCGACCGCAAGCAGCUGCGGCCACGCGUGAGCUACGUCGUAGACGUGCGGGCCAAGGUGUGCCCCGGGCAUCAGUACCUCGGCCCGUGGAGCGAGUGGAGCUCCGCCGCGCGCUGGAGGACCGGUGGGGCGCUUGAAGAAUUGGAUGGACUCUGGUGGUACGUCACCCUGUCCGUCACUCUCGUCCUUGUUCUCCUGUUGCUGGGUUAUUUUAAGAAAACGUGGUGGCAGAAGAAACUCCAACGGAUUCUAUACAUCCCCAAGGCGGAGAAGUUCUUUCAGCCUCUCCACCUGGCGUAUGGAGGGGACUUCAAGGAGUGGGUGAAGCCCGUGUUCAGCGAGCACGAUUACCUGAGGAUCGACCCGCGCGGCCAGGCGACGAGCGAGAAGCAGCGCGCCCUCCUCCAAUGGAGCAACGAGAAGCGGUGCUGCGGCGAGGACCCCGGGGCCGCCGCCCCCCUCUGCCCGCCGCGGCCCCACAGCAACUCGCUGUUGUUCUUCCAGGGCUCGCAGGACAUCUCCAUCCACACCGUGACCCUGUCCGGAGAGGAGGAGCUCGAGGGGGGACGCGGAGGACGCGGCGACGCGGAGGGGCCCCGGAGGCCAGGAGGCGUAUCGUCGCGACGCGAGGACCAAAUACCCAACGACUUAUUGGUGGAGGACCAGCCGGUGGAACCGGAGAGGGUGUCGCUGGACUCGUUCGUCUCCAACGAGCUGUCUGACGACGGCUACCCGCGCGUGGACUUGGACACUAUUGACAGUGGCUUCGGCGAGUGCGUCGUGGUCCCCGGGGCCUCGGACUCCAACGCGGCGGAGCAGCCGCUCUCCGACUCGUUUCGCGACCACAAAAGCCUGGGUUCGAACUACGUGAAGCAGUGGAUGGCACGCGGCAGCAUUCAAGAAGACCUCGGCAGCCCGGGGGCCCAAACGCCGUGAGGCACCGCGACCCUCGCGGCUGAUUGGCUGACGUGUAUCGCGUUGAACUUAAAUUGUAUAGUCAGGUUUCCUUGUGUUUUAAAAUGGUGUUUUUAGUGUUUAAAUGUUAUUGUUUUUUUUCUUUUAAAGCGAUUUGAUUGCAGAAAGAGAGACUUUGGUGCCAUUCUUUGAGAUUGGAGUGUGUAUAUACAUAAUAACAAUUGUACUUUUAUUGUUGAUCACAUGCAAAUCAGG